UUCUUUUCCAAAGUUUCACCAGCAGCUAUAGCCUACCAUUUGCCGCAAUAAUGUCAGCGAAUUCUGAAUUAUCAGAGUACCUGGCCUUUCGCAAAAUAACAAAAGCAUUACUUUGUGUUACGGGUCUUUGGUCACGCAGCAAUUCUGGUUUGCUGUACAGUUGCAUACCCCUGGCUACGAUAUUCAUAUCUUUCUACACAUCUUUUGCUAUCUUGUCAUUCGUUGCCCACCACAUAGCGCAGGUUCCCGUUAUAGUGAGAGGCUUGAGUAUCGGGACUAGCUUUGCAAGUGUUGUUCUUAAAAUUAUUUGUAUUAUUCGUCAACGUAAACGUGCACUGCAGCUACACCGAGCCCUAGACAAAUACUGCUCUGACCUGGUGUCACUGUAG